AUGACUCACGCCAAGUUUGUCCUUCUCCACGAGGCCAUCGCGGCCACGGAAGCCUCCAACUUGAUAUGCCGAGUCGUCGCCUCUAAGACGGCGCCGUUGCUGGCCGCCGCCCCGUUCAACACCAAUCGCGGCGCGGACACCACGCUGACCAUGGCAAUACCCAAGUGCUCGGCGCCCAUCAGACUCUCAGACUUCAUGUCCAUUGCGCGAAGCCAGGGCGUGGCAUCUCAAGUUUCGCACCUGCUCGACUUUCAAGGACUGCACAGGGAGGAGCAGACCAUCCUCCUCGAGUGUCGCAUGGUCAAGCGCUAUCUCUUACCAGAUCCCGACAACGCAUUCCGCAACCUGAUGCGAAGCGACGACUACUCCAAGGACGUGAGGGCGCUGCUGGAGCAGUGCAUAGACCGCCAGGGAUACUUCGUCACGGGCUUCCUCACCGCGACCGACGACUCGUGGCUGAUCGAGGCCACCCAGCAAGAGCUGCACCAGUUUGGCAUCGACCUGCCGUACUCCGACUCGACGGACGUGCCAGUCCCUUUCCUCUACCACGACCUGCUCGGGCCAGAGCUGGCUCUCUUCUCCCAGCCCUGCGCGCAGCCGCCAAAGUUCGUCCACGAGCAGAUCUUUGCCGUGUCCUACAAGGUAGCCAGGCUGCCUCAGGCCAUGUCGCCCGUGUCGCCAAUGUCGGCGGGGCAGCUCUCCCCCGUGGCGACUACAACCGCCGCAUCUGCUCCUCGUCGGCCGAAGCGAAGCAACGGGUACCAUCUGACGUCUCGCCGCACCGAGGAGGUCUGGAUGCGGAGCAACAUGAGCAGUCCGGAGAUGACGCCGUACUAUGACGAUGGCGUGAAGCUCACCGAGGACGACUCCAUGUCGCCGCAGGAGGAAGAAGCGGCUUUCAUCAUGGUGUGA